CCAUGAAUGAGUGCCUUUUAUGUGCAGUAAGCAGACUGCAUCUCAGCUGGUAGACCUGCCUGAAAACCACCUCACUACACAUCUUGGGUGGAUUUCAGGGAUUACGGCGCCAUGUAUCUGAAUACCCUGGUAAUCUGGCUAGUUGACACCGAAGAGUGAGGUGUUCGGAGGCUGUAGCUCGGCUUCUUAGCCAUGGAAACAGAGGGGCCGCCUGCUGCACCAGGCCAGUAUAGCCAGCCCGGUCAGCCAGACCCAGUGCUGGGGCUUCGGAGUCUCUCCUUUGCCUACCAGGGCUUGCUAGAGAUCCCCUACGAAGUCAUACUAGCCCAGCAACACACCCUGGAAGUGUUGGACCUCAGCUACAACCUGCUGGAGGACCCAGCUCUCCUGGGUGAACUGGAGCAGCUCAGCACUCUGAUCCUGGACUGCAACAGCUACUCGUCCCACGUCAAAUUCCCCUACAUGCCAAGCGUCACCACCGUGUGGAUCAACAAGAACAAGAUCAGCAACCUGCCCAUCUUCGUGGAGGAGAUCCACCGCAAGUUUCCCAACAUCAAGAUCCUCAGCAUGAUGAACAACGAGGCCGCACCCAGCUACUUCAAUGGAGGGAGUCUGCCCCAGUACAUAGACUACAGGCAGUAUGUGAUCAGUCAGAUCCCAAGCCUGACGAUCCUGGAUGACACUGAGGUUCUGGGGAAAGAGAGAGCGCAGGCUAAGAAGACCUAUAGGAUGCAGAGGAUCAGGGAAGGCAGCAAAAGGAGGAAGGAGCUCCAUCGUUGAACCCUCCUUAAUAGUGCUACCUAUAUAACUGAUCUGAAGACGUAUCAAGAUGAGCAAAUCAUUAAUUCUAGCGAUAGAUGAUUAGUUCAAGCAAGCUAGCACCAGUUGUAAAUAUAUUGUCAACAUGUAAUUUGUUAAAAUGAAAAUGGGAUACUUUUUGUUAUGAUUUUCUAUGGACAUGGGGAAUUUCCCUUAUCAUUAAAGAAAUGAAGGGAAGAUAUUCCAUUUGAAUGGUGAAUGAAGAUGUUUUGCAAAAGUAAAUAAUUCCAUGUCACACUCAAAUGUCAUUUUGUCAUUACUUGUAUGUUACAUAUGUUCCUUUGGCAAGAAAAGAGCUUAUUUAGGCCUAUGAGAUAUCAAAUUACCAGUGUACUGACCGAUCUGUCAAAAUGACCAUUGAAAAGUCCUAACUCAGAGAGUGAGAGUGACAACGUGGAAUUAACAUGACAAGCAUGGUUGAGAAAUGGAUUGUUUCCUCAGUGUCCAAUUAUCUAUUUGAAAAGUUAGUUUAAAUCUUUAUCUUGUGGCAUUAAAGAUGAAGUGAUACACA